GGGAAACGUGCUUGUGCAACAAAGAUGGCGGCCUGUGCGCUACGCCGCGGCUUGCUGAGCACCGUCACUAAAUACAAUAGGAAACACACGCACAGAAUACUGAGUGUCGCGGACAGCAGUAGUGGGUUUGAUGUAUACGGGCCACGAUUUCAGUGCCGGGCCUGCGGACUGUCCGGCUCCGGCGGGGUCCAGCAGAGGAGGUUCAUGUCAUCACGGAACAGGCCUGAAGGAAAGAUCCUGGAGACAGUCGGAGUGUUUGAAGCAGUAAAGCAGCAUGGCAAAUAUGAAACAGGACAGCUCUUUCUGCAUAGUGUGUUUGGCUACAGAGGGAUUGUCUUGUUUCCUUGGCACGCCCGACUCUAUGACAGAGACAUCACCCCUCCCAUGUCUGACAGCAAACCUGAGCCCCCGGGAGCCCACGGCUCAAAGGAGGUGAAGGGCAAGACUCACACCUACUACCAAGUCCUGAUCGACACCAGGGACUGUCCUCACAUAUCUCAGAGGUCUCAGACUGAAGCUGUGACAUUUCUGGCCAAUCACGAUGACAGCAGAGCUCUCUAUGCCAUUCCAGGUCUGGACUAUGUAAGCCAUGAAGACAUCCUGCCCUAUAACUCGACAGAGCAGGUCCCAAUCCAGCAUGAGCUGUUUGAGCGCUUCCUCAUGUACAACCCUGCCAAAUCUCCUCCGUUCACAGCCAGAGACACCCUGAAGGCGUGGCAGGAGAAGAACCACCCCUGGUUGGAGCUAUCGGACGUCCACAGGGAGACCACUGAGAACAUACGAGUCACUGUCAUCCCCUUCUAUAUGGGCAUGAGGGAGGCCCAGAACUCCCAUGUAUACUGGUGGCGGUACUGUAUCCGUCUGGAGAACAUGGGUAACGAGGUGGUUCAGCUGCGGGAGAGGCACUGGAGAAUCUUCAGCCUGUCAGGGACUCUGGAGACCGUCAGAGGACGAGGUGUUGUAGGCAGGGAACCAGUGUUAUCCAAAGAACAACCUGCCUUUCAGUACAGCAGCCAUGUGUCUCUGCAAGCCCCCAGUGGUCACAUGUGGGGUACGUUUCGUAUCGAAAGGACAGAUGGCUCCCACUUUGACGUUCGCAUUCCCCCUUUCUCUCUGGAGAGCAACAAAGAUGACAAAGCGCCUCCUGCAGGCUACACAUUCUAGCUGCAGGUGGUAACAUCCCACUUUUACAGCCCAGGACACACUUUUGGCCCUGGCCCUGCCUGGAUUGUCUAGAAAUGUCCAUCUCCUGUAAUGACGCCUUAGCCUUCAGCGUACAAAUAGCAUGAUGUCAGGCUUAAGCAAAGGUAAAAUCUAACAUUUUCUAGAUAAUCUACAUGCAGGUCCGCAUAACACCCAACAGCAAUAUAUCAUACUGGCUCAGUCAUAUGUAGAAAAUCAGUCAGCAACCCCAGUGAAUCUUCAGUUCACCUAGAGUUCAAGAGCACAGUCUAGCGGAAAGGACAGAAAUGUGAGGAGGAGAAUUAAUGUUGACGGGCUGAUCUGGCCAUGUUCUGCAUCUGGUAGAUCCAAUAUUGACAAGGUUAUUUGCUGCUGAGUUUCAGGUUCAGAAAAAGAGCAGUGGCUGCCACUAAGCUCCAUACUGUGAGCUUGGCUGGGUGCAGCAAGAACACAUUUUUAGACAAAAGUCCUGUAACGCACUCAUUUGGAUGUAUUCUAAUAUGAGACAUGGUUCAUAUCUUGGGCCCGGUUUCCCCAUGAGUAUUUCUGCAAAUGUGAUUACAGUUGGAUGAUAUUGAGGUUAACACUGAAACACAGUGGAUGCAAUCAGGAUUUGUCUGACACUCACCAGCAUUAAAAGAGUCUUAAAUGUCAAGGUAGAAAAAGUCCCUACAAACUAAGCUUAUACCAAACCCAAAGUAGUAUUCGUGUAUUCAGACCCUUCAGUUUAGUAUUCACUAGUGGUUCAGGAGCUUUGUCUGUGUGAUCUGUCAGCUUUGGACAUCUUGACACUGCCAGUUUCCCCCCUUUUUAAUCACAGUCCCUCGUAGCUGUCUCACUACUGCCCUUCUAAAAUUAACACUCAGUUUUUGAGAGCUGCUGCUGAAUUUAUGACUGUGCCAUACUCGUUAAAACUAUGUCUAUCCUAGAUUUAUUCUGAUGAAUAUUCAGUUUUCAAAAUGUCCUUGCACCCUUCUCUUGACUGGUUCGUUUGUGGUUGUCAUGCUGUUAUUGUCAUGAAGUGUACUGUAAAAAUCUAGUAAUGGCAUUUAAUACAUUUACAACUUAAUAUUUUUGUGGUGAAAAUCUUUAGGUAUUUCAAAGUCAAGGGAAUGAAUACACAUACAAUAACUUCAUAUUUAUACUUAAUUUAGAUACAUUAGUAGAGACGAGUUGAAACUAACAUUAAAGACUUUUUUUUGUUGAUAUUUUGUGUCAGAAAAUCAUACCAUCCACUGUGAUUAAAUAUCCAUACCUGAAAAAUGUCUAAAAAGGGUGAAUACAUAUGAGCAGCCAUCUGUUUGCAUUGUCAGCUCAACGUGAGUCUUUCUGUAUAAAGGAGGUGAAUGUCAAGUCUGGUAACAUUUUUAGAAACUACAGGGGCAUAUACCCCCACCAAGGCACUGUCUUACAAUAUUAGGAAACGUAAAAAUAAAUGUUCAUUUUUUAUGUACCUGCUCUAAAACUCUCCAAUUUCAUCCUUGAACCUUGAUGCACCCUUCCACUGAGUUGAAUGCAGAUCAGCACAGUAGUUUUUGUGCAAUCCUGCAAAAAUUCAAACAGAUGUAGGUGACUAUAUAAUCUUCUUGGUGGGGGUAACUAAGGUAAGCUAACAGGAGGCAUGUUUCUGAAAAGACUACUUUCUCUUGAGUCUGCUCCCUGUAUCAGCCAGAAACCAGUCUUUAUCCUGCAGACACAGCUGACUGUGUGACUUUGAAACUCUGUCUAAACCAGUUUGUGAGCCUGAAGUAUUUCUUUGGUAAAGUCAGGCACAGAACCAAACAUUUCUGUUUUGAUAAGUUGAUUAGAAGCAACUCUGAUGUUUGAAAUACUGUAAAUAGAGAUGUAAUUAAGGGCAAAUCAAAUAAAUAUACCUUUUGAAAAAUA